CUUCUACGAAGCACUUUGGAUUAUUGUAGUGAUACACUGUAUAAAUGACAGGUCAAAACAUUUCGUGUAAAUAUGAUUGUUUGUGUGAAGCGUGUGUAUAGGGGAAACAUCGUUGAAAUUUUGGCGUGGACUUAUUGGACUAUAGAUUUAAUUUUCAAGUUGAUAAUGUUUUGGUUGACCGUUGUUUCUUUAUAUUGUAAAUUACGAUGUACCUUGAGUAGAACAUUGGAGAAGAGUGAAACAUAUAUUGUUUAUUAAUUUAAAUGAAGUGACCCGGUGAAAGUUCUCCUUGCCAGUCAUUGGUGUACUUCCAGUAAAUUACACCUCCUUUUGUACAUGUAUAUAUAAAGAAGACUAACUAUAGUACUUAAUAUAAUUAAUAUGAUGAGUGAAGUGGGCUACAGCUUUUACCCAGAACCUCCUAAGUCAGAUUAUAGUGAUUCAGUAGAAGGUGCUUUCACCAUUGAUGCAACUGGAAGUGAAGACACUUUUGGGUUGGAGUUUGCUGUGUCUCAGUGGCUCAAAUUAGUUACAAAUGCUGAGAAUCUUUUCAGCAAGCUUGUUACAAGUAAAUUUUUGUCUGAUGAUGAGAAAAAUCAAAUUGAAAGAUGGUUGUGUUUGAAACAAGAAUGUGAAGAAUGUGUAGCAAGUGACGAUGCUGCAAGUUUGCGAGGAUGCAAUGCUAGGGUUCUAGAAAGAAUAGAUGAAUUAACUGAAUCUGAUUUGAAAACUGAGAAGUCUUCUGAUAUUGGAAGACAGUCUCCUGGUGAUAAUAGUUUUGAAAAUGAAUCUGAUACUGAAAGUGACUUGGAACAAAAUCCUGACUUUGUUGAAAAGUUGGAUCGCUACAUGAGUAAAUUGAGAGCAAGAACAGAUGAAAAAAUUGAUCACUUAAAUACUAAUUUGAUGACUCAUGUUCAAAAGAAAAGGAUGACCUCAGCAUAUGUUGAAGAUGGUGCAGGUGCCGAAAGUAAAAAGGGUACACAAGAUGUAAAAAACCCUCAGUAUGGGAGAAGUAAUUUACCCAGAAGACGCAAAAGUAUUCACCCUGGCACAGAAGCUGAAAGUGUAGUCAAUCAGUUGAAUUUUAAAACUCUUCAUGAGAAAACGAAUGCUCACUGUGGUUCAUCUGAUGAAAAUCCAAGCAGUAACUUGAAAAAUAAAUCCACUAACAAUGAUCAGUCAUCUCAAGAAAAAAGGGAGGAGGAAGCCACAGCUUUGCCUUACAUACCGUACCUGCAAGAUGUGAAGCCUGGUCCAAGUGAGGAGUUGCGUAUGCUGUCAGCAGGAAAUGAAGCCAAGCAGAGUCAAAUGUGCCAAGUCCUCAUCGAUUUAGAAGGUGCUCAGAGACGGAUUGAGGAACUUCAACGGACCAUACAACUGAAAGAGCAAUUCAUAGAAAAUAUGGUGAAGAAUGAUAAAAUGAGAGCAACAGCUAAACAAAGAUUUAGACGAAAACGUAUUAAACUUGAAAGUGAAUACUAUAAGACAAGAACACUUAUUGCUCAAGCAGAAAAUAAUCUUAUGAUAGCUCAUGAAAAUAAUUUGAAGGAUGAUGAAGUAAAAUGUCAAAGGGAAAUAGAAAGAUUUAAGAGUGAAGCAAUUCUGUAUGAGAAGCGCUUAAAAAACAUUGAAAUCAUGAAACAGAUUGCAGAAAAUAGUGCUAGAAAGAUGUUAGAACUAGAAAAUAGUUUACAAAAAUCAAGAUGCCAAAUGGAUCGCCUGAAGAAACAAUUAAAGAAAGAGGAAGAGUACAAACAUAUGUUGGAGCAGGAACUUUUACAAGAUCAAUGCAAAAUUAGAGAAUUAGAAGAGAAGUAUAUGUUCAGUGUGCAACAUGCAAAGGAUAAAACUUCAAAAAAGGCUGAGUGUCGUUUAAAAUGGAUUCAAGAAGAAGAAGAACGUGUUCUUAGUAUGCGUGAGUCUUCUCAAAGAUUCCAAGAACAGUUAAUUCAAAAACAAAUCAUGCUUGAAAGACGAGAAGCAUUUCUAAAACAACGACUCUGUCUAGAAAAGAGCAAGACAAAGAAUAUCAGUGAAGUGAGUGCUAGAAUAUCUCAGUUACAUCAAGUGUUGAAGGAGAAGUCUGCAGACUGUGAGAGAAUUGAUUAUGAGAAAGAAGCUCUAAGACAUGAGAUUGGAAAUCUGCGACGGACACGUGAUUGUCUUGUAGAUCAGAGAUGUAAUUUGGAUGAGAAAUUUCAAAAGAAAACUUUGUCCAAUGUGGAGGAGAGGAAGCUAAUAGAGUGUGAAGAAGCCAUAGAAGCAAUUGAUGCUGCUAUUGAGUACAAAAAUGAGUUGAUUUGUGGUAGGAAUGCACAAGAAUUAAAUAGUUCUGAAGUUCCACGAGAAAAGGGUGAAGAGCUACUUUUGGCUAGAUUAAUGCAAUUGUCUCCUAUGGAACUGAGGUCAUUGUUGUACAAAUAUUUCAAAAAAGUUAUUGAUCUCAGGGAAAGUGGAAAGAAGAUGGAAAUCCAACUUUCUGAGCUUGAUAUUCAAAAUGAAUCUCAAAAGUGGAAGAUACAAGCACUUAGUAAUGCUCUCCAACAAGCGCAUUUGAAGGCAGAACGUCACAUAGUAAUGCUUCAGAAAGAACAUGAAGAAGAAAUGGCACUAAUGUUGAGAUAUUUUGCUGAAGAAUCUUCUGGAAGUUCAGGACCUGAAGUACCAGAGAAAUCAACAAAACCACCUAAACCUCAACAUAGAGGUUGCUGGAAAAAUGGUCCUAGUACCACAGUCACCAAAGAAAAUGGGAAGCUCAUUUUUCAACAACAAAAGGCUCGAAAAACUCCGAAAAGAUAAAUUAUCUUAUAGAAUUAUAUAUUUGUGAAUUUUUAGUUUUAUUUUGCAAUUCUAACAAAUAGCGUGAUCAAAAAGUUCAGAAGUCAAUUACUUUUUUAGAAAUGUACACUAUGCACAGAAAUCUCAUGCAAACCAAUAUUGUGCAUGCAAAUUUUAUCUGUGUAAUGUAUGGUAAUCUUCUCCGCUCUAUCUCUCUGAUCUUGUGUAAUUCAGGAUUAAAGUUAUGUAUUUACUUGAUAAGAAUAAUGUUUUAUUACUGGUUAGUUUAGGGGAAAAAAUAUUGUCUUGAAUAUCAGCAAGAAUUAUACAUUUUUUCAGGAAUUAUGGUUUUGAUAGAAUGUUAUCAUAUGGUGGCCAAUAAUAAUAAUAAUAAUAUUCAUGCAAGUUAUAAUUCUUUUAAAAGAUAUUUAAACUGAAAAUACUUGACCUUUUUUUUAAUCGAAAAAUAUAAAAUAUUGUAUUAAAAAGGUAAAUUAAUUGGAGCUUUGCAAUUUAUCAUGUAAUUACAAUUAAUAUUAAUCCAAUACUGUGUGACAAUAAUACAAAGAAAUUGAAACAGUUGCAAAAAUUAGAAACCAAUGGCAAGUAAAAGACCUGGAGAAUUACUGAAUUAUGUUUUCAAGAAAACUUGUGCUCAGAACUGAAUCCAAUCUAUAGAUUGCAGGGGUGAAAUGGUCUUUGAAUUAUUUCCUUUCUCAAUAUUGAUAAAAGAUUUUUAAAGUAGAUGAGUUAAAAAAGUGUAAAUUUAGAGAUCCUUAAUUCUUUUUUCAUUUAACUUUAUUACCCCGAGGGGGAAAAAAGCUCACAACUAUAAAAACUAUUUUGUUUAGUAAAUAUUCUCACAAAAAUUAAUUACAAAUAAAAUUCUUACUUGUUUCAUUAAUUUUCAUUAAAAAACAGCAGGAAUUCAGCAUGGUUCGGCUGAAUUUGGAUAGUUUAGAGGGAUAAAAUGUUUGUAUUGCCUGUGGGGAAAAAAAUGCUACCCACAGUCAGAGCUGUCCCCACCCUUGCAAGUUGGUGCGAGUGUUAACAGCCUAGUUGCUUUUGUAAAUUUGCUCUCGAAACAUUAUGGCAGGAGAUUCACAAGACACCAUGUAGCAGGAACACAGUGAACAGUGAACGCAUGACACAGUGAAAAAGCAACAGCUGGGUAUAAAUGAAAAUGUUUAGGGAAUACUUUGUUUUUUUUGCUGAUGCAUAUUCUAGGUAUGGAGUGAAGUAAAUUCAACCUAGAUCAUGUCAAAAUAAAUUCAGGACUAAGGUCCUGAACUUAUUUUGACAUGAUCUUUGAAGAAUUUUGUUCCGACUUUAAGCAAGUAUGGUGGUGGGAGACAGAUCCUGUCACCGUGCACAGACUUGCUUCCAUCUCUUCUUCAAAUGAGAUGGAAAAAUAUUAACUUGUUUACACAUUCAAUAUUUUAUAAUUCAUCUGUAUAAAGUGAACAAGUAAAAGUCUUUAAAUUUAUUUGUAACUAAAACUGAAUUUGACUUCAAAUUAGUAAUAUUUGUGUUCUUUCAAUUUCCUUGAUGUUUUGAAUUUUCCUAGUUGUGCUGGCAAGCCGUUUAUGGCAAAUUGCUUUAACUGUUUCAUAAUAAAUUAAAAUAAAUAUGGAUCCUUGGAAAAUGUGUAUUAACUGCAGUAAUAUACCUCAAAAUAUUAGUGUUUCUGAAACCAAUUGAGUAAUUUGGUGGCCAGUUUUUUAUAUAUCUAUUAUAUAAAUUCAGACUGGACUACUAAGCUUUUGAUGGAGAAUUAACACAAAUAAUUUGCAUAUAAUGGUAGCAUGCAUUGAGAAAGGGAAGUUUUUGAUCACUCUAUUAAUGCCAGAACAUGGUCAUAAGAAAAGUGAGAGUUAAUGGAAGUAUAUUAGUCAUUGUAGAAAUAGUUCCUUUGUGUCAAACUUCAUGAUAAUUAUAUCAUGGAUAUUUAAUGUAAUAUUCUAGUUUAUUUUGUAAUGUAAUUAUUGUUUAUAAUUGUUGUAUAGCAAGUCAUAUCAGAUAUGGCUUUGUACUUCUUGAGAACAUUUUGAAGUAUUUAGUUUCAAUGUUAAAAUAUGUAUGUUAUGGGUCAGUUAAACUUGUUCAGAACAUCAGAAUUACUUGAUUUGAAACAUCUGUCAGUUGCUUUAUUUAGAAAGUUCAGUGAAGGGUUUUUUUCCCAUUGAGAUUACUUGAACAGCUUCAGCAAGAUAGAAAUAAUUGGAAAAAGGUAAAGUUUAGCACAAAAUGUGUUCUAAAGUAACUAGAUGAAAUGCCCUACUAAAUAUGAAAUGAUGUUAAGUGUGAGAAUAAUAAAACAAGCAAAUAUGGAUCAUAUUGAAGAAGGAAGUCUGUUAUAUACAAGAGGAUUAGGUAGUAUUGGCAAAAUGUUGUUAGUUCAUUAAAGAAGUCAGAUCUUGUGAAAUCUAUGUAAUUAUUGUCUCAUAAUUUUUAAGUAAUAUGAAAUGUAAGCAAAAAGAGAAGCACAUUGUUUCUACUUGUAUCAUGAAUGACAGUCAAAGGGAACUUGCAGAGAAAGAGAAUUUAAAUUCCAGAUAUUUGUGCCUUAAUUUUUUAUGAAGAUAGCUUUGAAAAAUGGAUUUUUUUGUUAUCCAAGAAGUACAUGUUUCUUCCAGCUUCUUCAUAAUCAUUCUUUUAUUAUUGAAAAUAAGCGGUAAAAUUUCUUAGAACUCUGCUUACAAUUUUUGUGAAGAGAUGAUUGAUAUUACAGAUUGUGAUAAAUGUACAGUGUUUGAAAAUAUAUUAAUUGUCUGUUUUUCUAUAUAGUUUUUUAAACCAGAAAAUGUUCUCCUGUCAGAGUUAAGUAGACACAUACAAAAACCGGUUAAGACCUUUUGCUCGAAUUAUUAUUAACAGUAAGUAACUCGUGUUGUAGUGCUCAGAAAACAAGUGACAAUGAGUAGUGUUAUUCAAAGCUCUGCAAAAUAUGUAUGAAAUGAU